UCUCUCUCUCUCUCCCAAUGGACGUGUCUUGCGGGACCAAUAGCUGCGGCUUCAGAUCUGCAACGAAGCUCCUGGUCGAUUGAAUUUUUCUGUUUUAUAAUGUUGAUGAUUGCAAAAACAUACCGUUGUUGCUGCUGAGUGUUGUUGCCUUCGUCAACCUGAAACUUCUCCUGCGAAACCCUAGCUGAGCUCGAGGCUCUCAGCCCUGCGUCGAAGCAGAAGUCUCUUCUCGAUCCGCGCAGGAUUAGCAUCCUGCCCUCCGUUUGCUCGCGAGAGAUUGGAAGAAUUCUGGUCAAGUAUGAAAGAAGGUAAAUCGGCUAAGCAGAAUCAGCAGCAGCAGCAGCAACACCAGAAGGAUCACUUGUCUCCGUUCAAGCUCGCGAAAUUGUUGGAUCCAGAAGCCUCGUGGGACAAGGAUCAGUUGGGAGAUGUGUUGCAUUGGAUUCGGCAAGUGGCGGCGCUUGUAUGUGGAUUGCUGUGGGGCACAAUACCUUUGGUUGGAGGCAUAUGGAUUGUCCUGUUCCUGGCAUUAUCGACCGGUAUAGUGUAUGGUUAUUAUGCAAUGAUACUAAAGAUUGAUGAAGAGGAAUAUGGCGGUCAUGGAGCUCUUCUUCAGGAGGGGCUGUUUGCCUCCUUGACUCUCUUUCUGCUUGCAUGGAUUCUAGUCUAUAGCUUGGCUCAUUUCUAAUCAGAUAGUGUUGUGGGAUUGCCUCUCUUUAUGGGAAGAAGUUAGAUGGUUUCAGCGCCCACAAAUUUCAGGGAGUUCAGCGCCGGUGCAACAUUACAAGUGGAGACAGUGAGAAGCUUCUUGGUCGUGAUUAUUUCCUUCCAUUUUUUUUAGCAUUCGGAGCAUCGAAAUGCCGGGGUUUGGCUCAUAAUCACUAGAUGCUUUCGACAACUUCCUUUUUUUUCUUUUCCCCAACAAACACCUCAGGAAAUGUAGCGAUAUGCGGUGCGCCCUCUCGGAUGAUAUAUUCGUGACGUCAUUUUUGUCGACGUAAUAAAGUUAUACCAAAGGCACUGACAACUUGCUUUCUUUGGUU